AUGAAUCGGACAAAGGGUGAUGAGGAGGAGUAUUGGAAUAGCUCCAAAUUCAAGGCUUUCACCUUUGAUGAUGAAGAUGAUGAGCUCUCACAGUUAAAGGAAUCCAAGCGGGCAGUGAAUAGCCUUCGAGACUUCGUGGAUGACGAUGAUGAAGAUGACCUGGAGAGAGUCAGCUGGACCGGGGAACCUGUGGGAAGUAUCUCAUGGUCCAUCAAAGAGACUGCUGGUAAUAGCGGGUCAAGCCAUGAGCGUGAACAGCUGAAGAACCGAAACAGCUUCUCCACCUAUGCACAACUACCCAAACCUGCUUCUACUUACUCUCUGAGCAGCUUUUUUAGAGGGAGAACUAGACCUGGCAGUUUCCAGUCCCUCUCUGAUGCUCUGUCAGACACACCUGCCAAGAGCUAUGCUCCAGAGCUGGGGAGACCCAAGGGGGAGUACAGGGAUUACAGCAAUGACUGGGGCCCCAGUGACACAGUGCGGCGCCUCCGGAAGGGCAAGGUCUGCUCACUGGAAAGGUUCCGCUCCUUACAGGACAAAAUCCAGCUCCUAGAAGAAGCAGUAAGCAUGCAUGAUGGAAACGUCAUUACUGCAGUUCUGAUCUUCCUGAAGAGGACGCUGAGUAAAGAGAUCCUCUUCCGAGAGCUGGAGGUGCGGCAGGUUGCCCUGAGACAUCUCAUUCACUUCCUUAAGGAGAUAGGUGAUCAGAAGCUGCUUUUAGACCUCUUUAGGUUCCUAGAUAGAACAGAAGAGCUUGCGCUGUCCCAUUAUCGAGAGCACUUGAACAUUCAGGACCCCGAGAAACGAAAAGAAUUUCUUAAGACAUGCAUUGGUUUGCCAUUUUCAGCAGAAGAUUCUGCCCACAUACAAGACCAUUACACACUCCUGGAACGUCAGAUCAUUAUCGAGGCAAACGAUCGGCAUCUAGAAUCAGCGGGACAGACUGAGGUCUUCCGGAAGCACCCCCGCAAAGCAUCCAUCCUCAACAUGCCUUUGGUGACGACGCUCUUCUACUCCUGCUUCUACCACUACACGGAGGCUGAGGGGACAUUCAGCAGCCCGGUCAACCUGAAGAAGACAUUCAAGAUCCCAGACAAACAGUACGUGCUGACAGCGCUGGCCGCUCGUGCCAAGCUCCGGGCCUGGCAUGACGUUGAUGCCCUGUUUACCACCAAGAACUGGCUGGGCUACACCAAGAAGAGAGCACCCAUUGGCUUCCAUCGGGUUGUGGAAAUUUUGCACAAGAACAAUGCCCCUGUCCAGAUAUUACAGGAGUAUGUCAAUCUGGUGGAAGAUGUGGACACAAAGUUGAACUUAGCCACCAAGUUCAAGUGUCAUGAUGUCGUCAUCGAUACUUGCCGGGACCUGAAGGAUCGUCAGCAGUUGCUCGCGUACAGGAGCAAGGUGGACAAAGGCUCUGCCGAGGAGGAGAAGAUCGAUGCCCUUCUCAACAGCUCGCAAAUUCGAUGGAAGAAUUAA